AUGGAUACUGCGAAAACCAAGCUACAUUGACCGCAUCGGUCUGAACACUCUAAAAAACAACAAUGGAGGGAAACUAAUAAGCUAGUAUUAGCUUGUGCCUUUACUUGCUCCUUUUUGACCAAUAUGACGUCACCCGCUGUCCUUGCCGAGCAGGCCAGAUGAUGCUGGCGUUGGAUGAUGCUGGUUGGCCAUGAUGGAAAAGGUCAAAGGACAGAAAAUGGAGCGCUGCAGCCAAGUGGAGACUGCGGAGCAUAAUACCGCAUCAACAGGGCUGCUAUCAAAGGCAAGCUUCAAGAACUGGGUGCAUAUAUUGAUGAGGAGCUUCCUGAUUACAUCAUGGUGAUGGUAGCCAACAAGAAAACCUCCCAGCAGAUGGCUGACGAUCUUUCGCUUUUUCUUGGAAACAACACCAUAAAGUUCACAGCUUGGCUGCACGGUGUACUGGAGAAGCUAAGAACAGUUGCAGUGGAGCCUGCCUCUGUCAGACUUGAGCAUCAGUUAAGCACAGCGACCUCAAAGACAGAAGAGUUAAAGUCCCGCUCUGAUCGGACGGAAUCACGCAGCUCUGCCCAUGAAAACAGGAGGGGGUCCACAGAGAAGGCUUCGUCCCGGCUGACCUCCGCCGUCAAACCCCUUAUGGAGCUCCUGCCAUCCGACGCGGUCAUUGACAUCAAACCAGAGCUGGAUGAUGACUUCAUCGCAGAGGAUGCAGUAGUAAUGGCUGCCAGUGCUCGAGGAGGAGGAGCUCGCCGUGCGGCGAGCCGGCCAAUGGCAGAAAUCUACAGGCCAGGUCAGAGCAAGCUGAGUUCGGCGUUGCGGUCCUCUGAGGGGUCUUCUCAUGGAAGACACCAGGAGAGCAGGAGCAGCAGAACUCCCAGAAGCAGCUCAAACAAGGAGGAGUUGUCACGGAAACGUAAGGCGCCAGUUGCGAGUUCGGUGGUUCGCGUGAGCCGUGACACCGACGAGGACAGCGACAACGUCGAGGAGGAGGAAGAGGAUGACAUGAGCUACGGAGGACGAGGCGUGUCCAGCAGAGUGUUGCUGCCUUCCAAACCAGAGCGCAAACCGUCCCUCCCACCAGCCAUGCAAGCCAACAGGAAUUUGAUCCUGAAAGCCAUCUCCGAGGCCCAGGACUCCAUCACCAAGACCACAGCCUUCCCGACACUACCGCAGAGGCAGACGGUUCCUGUUGCUCCUCGUGCCCGCUUGGCCAGAAACAGCGAGCUGACCGCAGCCAUUGAGCUGGUGCAGCAGCAGCAGCAGCACCAGCAGCAUAGCGUGACCUCCUUGGAGCAGUCGUACACGUCCGAAGAGCAGCCGAGCAGACGUCUUGCUCCUGCUAGGUCCGUGGGUUCGCACGCUCAGUCGGACACAUCGCAGCUCAACGAGGAAGCAGAGAAGAGUGAUGACUCGAGCGGUGAGCCAAAGCAGUUCGAUACGCGCUCCUUCAUUGUGAGUCGACCGCAGUUGGACGAAAGCAGAAGUCAGCAGGAUCGCAAGCUAAGAGAGGAGACCGCCUUAGCACGCACCAUCCAAGCCAGUAAGGAGAAGGAAAACUCUGACAGUCCCAAGUUCAUCGUGACACUAGAGGGCGUUCCGAGCCCACUGGGGAACUUUCCAGAGUCCGACAUGGACCUGGAAGAUGUGAGACCGCCGUCAAAGCGCACGAACCGCGAGUCGAAAGUCAGCGUCCUUGACCGACUGCAAGGAGGCCAUUCGAUAGGAGACUACCUGAUAGAUGCUGACAUGUUUAUCGAUGACUCCGUCCCAUCCAAGAAACAGAAAGUGAUGGAGCGCUGCAAGUUCUGGCCAGUCUGCAAGAGCGGAGACGAGUGUCCCUAUCAUCACCCGACAAGAAUAUGCAAGACUUUUCCCACGUGCAAAUUCGGGGACAAAUGCCUCUUCAUCCAUCCCAACUGUAAAUAUGACGCCAGGUGCAGCAAGCCCGACUGUCCUUUCACUCACGUUAGCCGCAGGGGCGUCUCAGCUCCUCCGCCCGCCCGGCCAGUCGCACCGUCGACGCAAAUGGCCAGCUUGUGCCGCUUCUUCCCACAGUGCAAGAAGAUGGAUUGUCCUUUUUAUCAUCCUCAGCCCUGUCGCUUCGCGGCCCAGUGUAAGCGAGACGGCUGCACCUUCUUCCACCCCAGCACGUCUGUGCCUCCCAGACAUGCCCUGAAGUGGACCAAGACACAGAGCAGCUAAUGAAGACUGUGAAACAACUGCAGAUGUCCUGCAGCCACAUCAUCAUCAUUUUAUCUUUUCGUUGUUCUGCUUUCAGUUAUGUGGCAUUGUUACUGAGUUUUUAAGUGUUUUUGUAAGACGCUUGGCUUUUUGCCACAGCUGUCACACUAUUAAAAUACUCUACAAUGAACACAA